GCAGCAGACAGCACAGAGCAGCCGAUACGUGUGACGUGUAGGAAAACUUGGUGGAAAGAAUAGUAAAACUGGCGUCUACAGCACUUUUGACUAGCAUUUUAUCUAGAGGUUUUGUCACGACAAGACCUUUAAUUCGAAGUAAAUUCACCAUGGCUCCGAGGCGUGAGAUUUUGUGUCUUUUUGAUGUUGAUGGCACAUUGACAGCCCCGCGCAAGGUGAUAGAGGCUCCUUUCUAUAGAUUCCUUAUGGACGAAGUUAAACCUAAACUCUGCAUUGGUUUGGUUGGUGGUUCUGAUCUUUCAAAAGUGACCGAACAAAUGGGUGGUGAUCAUACUUUGAAAGAAUUUGAUUUUGUGUUUUCUGAAAAUGGUGUUGUGGCUUUUAAAAAUGGUACAGAGAUCGGCAGAGAGAGCAUUCAAUCAUUCCUUGGUGAAGAGCGUUUACAAAAGUUCAUCAAUUUUACCCUUUUAUGUCUGUCUCAAAUUGAGCUGCCUGUCAAGAGGGGCACUUUUGUGGAGUUCAGAACAGGUAUGCUCAACAUUUCUCCUAUAGGGCGAUCUUGCAGCAGAGAUGAAAGAAAUGAAUUUGAACAGUUUGAUAAGCAACACAGCAUCCGGAAGAACUUGAUAGAAAAAUUGAGGAACAAGUUUCCUGAAUUUGGUCUAACUUACAGUAUUGGUGGCCAAAUCAGCUUUGAUGUAUUUCCCAAUGGCUGGGACAAGACGCUCUGUUUAAAGCACAUUGAAAAGGAAGGUUUUAAGACUGUCCAUUUCUUUGGAGACAAAGUUGAUCUUGGAGGUAAUGACUAUGAGAUUUAUAAUGAUGCAAGAAUUACUGGGCACAGAGUUAUUUCUCCAGAAGAUACUAAGAAACAGCUUGAAGAACUUCUCAGACAAAAUUAAACUCAAAUUUCCAACUGAAA